AUGGCUUCCAACACUUUGAUGAGCUGUGGCAUCGCCACCACAGCCUUCCCUUCAGUCCUCUCAUCCUCUAAGUCUAAAUUUGCCACCAGUGCAGUCCAGCUCCCCAGUGUUGGUGCCAAUGCCUCCUCCAGGUUCUCCAUGUCCGCUGAUUGGAUGCCCGGCCAGCCGAGACCUCCUUAUCUAGAUGGCUCUGCACCCGGUGACUUUGGAUUUGACCCACUUCGGCUAGGAGAAGUGCCAGAAAACUUGGAGAGGUUCAAGGAGUCUGAGCUCAUUCACUGCAGAUGGGCUAUGCUUGCUGUUCCAGGGAUUCUAGUACCAGAGGCUUUGGGAUUGGGCAACUGGGUAAAGGCACAAGAGUGGGCUGCCGUUCCAGGAGGCCAAGCCACCUACUUAGGCAACCCAGUUCCAUGGGGCACAUUGCCUACAAUUUUGGUCAUCGAGUUCCUUUCCAUUGCUUUUGUAGAGCACCAACGCAGCAUGGAAAAGGACCCGGAGAAGAAAAAGUACCCUGGUGGGGCUUUUGACCCCUUGGGCUACUCCAAGGACCCUAAGAAGUUUGAGGAAUACAAAGUCAAGGAGAUCAAAAACGGCCGGCUCGCAUUGUUGGCUUUUGUUGGUUUCGUUGUUCAACAAUCGGCGUACCCUGGCACCGGACCUUUGGAGAAUUUGGCCACCCACUUGGCUGACCCAUGGCACAAGAACAUUGGGGACGUCAUUAUCCCAAAGGGGAUUUUGCCUUGA